AUGUCCAAAACCAGCACGACAUCGCCGGCCACGAAGCGCAAACGCGACAUCAUCCCCAGCGACGACGAAGACAAACUCGAAAUCGACGUGAAUCUCCCCGAACCGGCGUCCAAAAAAGCCAAACGCAAGGAAAAAAAGGAAAAAAAGAGCAAACCCUCCCAAACCGACUCGAAUGGCGAGGAAGUCGCCCUAACAUCCACCUCGACAUCAACACCCACCUCCAAAUCCACCGCGCCCGUCCGCUCCGCCCAUGGGGUCUGGAUUGGCAAUCUCCCGUACUCCACUACCGCCGCCUCCCUCCGCCAAUUCUUCCUCGACGUCGGCGGAAUCUCCGAAUCCGACAUAUUCCGCACCAAUCUCCCACUGAAUGAGAGGAAGCAGAACAAGGGCUUCGCAUAUGUGGAUUUCAGCACGCCCGCCGUCCAAGCCAUUGCCCUUUCGCUCUCGGAGAAAUUGAUCCAGGGUCGAGCAUGUUUGAUCAAACCCGCCGAUUCCUUCGCCGGGAGACCUGCCAUUACUGCCGUCACCGAGGCCGCCAAGAAGACGCCCGAUAAGGAGCCGAGUAAGAGGGUGUUUGUGGGGAAUCUGGGAUUUGAUACCACGCGCGAGGAAUUGGGAGAGCAUUUCUCCCAGGCCGGUGGUGUUGAGGRUGUCUUUUUGGCCACAUUUGAGGACAGUGGCAAGUGUAAGGGUUUUGGUUGGGUGACGUUUGCCGAUCUCGAGGCUGCGGGGCAGGCAGUACGAGGAUAUAUCUAUAAAAAACAUAUUGAUGAGAGAGGCGAGGAUGGGGAGGAUGAUGCGCCUGCCAAGGAAGAGGAGAGUGCCAGCGAGGAGGAGGCGGGAGAGAAGAAGGAGAAGAGAAAGCCAAGAAAGCCGAUGAAGUGGUUCAUCAAUCGCUAUCAGGGCCGCGAGAUGAAGUUGGAAUUCGCAGAGGACAAACAAACCCGCUACAAGAAGCGCUAUGGUGGGAAAGGCGCUCCUCCUACUGAAAAUCACACUCCUGCUGCUGCAAUCCGAGAAGGAGGAAGUGCACGCUACCAUGAUGCUCCCGGGGAGAAUCUCGCCGAUCUGGUCCGCGAGGCCCAAGACGCCGCUCCCAAGAAGCGAGAUCCCAAAUUGAAGAAGAUGGACAAGGAUCAGAGGCAAGAGUAUCGCAGGCAGAGACAUGAUGCCCGUACCGUCGCUCCGGGCAAGGCGUUGGCGAAUGCACAGAGAGGUGCCAAGGCGAGUGGCGCUAUCGUCGAGGGCGAGGGGACGAAGAAACGCUUUGAUUAG